AUGGCCGUAAUACUGCCUACAGCGGUCGUUCUGGCAUAUUACCACACCCCCCCCUCUUGGAUGAUUGACGCUUACCAUGCUGCCCUCCCCCCUGUUCAGCCCAAACCACCACACCACCCAAUCUUGGGUCAUCUCCUCAUCGCCCGCGACUUCGUCAACACGUUUCCUCCGGACGCCCACGCUCACGUUUACGCUGACUACAUACGCCGUAAAUACAACCUCGGCAAAUUCUUCUACCUCGACUUCUGGCCCCUCAAUGAUCAGUUUCUUUAUAUCGCGGACCCUGACAUAGCCAACCAGAUCACCAUCGGCAGUAGUCUACGCAAGAGCCCUAUGGUUCCCGAAUACAUGAAUGUACUGCUAGGAAACCAGAACAUGGUGUGCUUGGAAGGAGCCGCGUGGAAGCGAGUACGCUCUAUGUUCAACCCUGGCUUUGCGGGCGGGCAUCUCAUGACGCUGGUACCGUAUAUCGUUGAUGCGGCCGUCGUAUUCGGGGAUGUGCUGAGAGAAAAGGCGAGGGCGAGUGAAGUGUUCGAAAUGGAGGAGAUUGCCACCUGGCUGACAAUGGACGUUAUCGGCAAAGUGACCCUAGAUGUCGACCUCAACUCGCAGCGGUCAGAACAUCGUAUUGUGACUACUUUCCGGAAACACGUGGCCAUGAUGCCCGUGACCACGCCGGCGGAUCCCUUCAUCGGUCUCAUCGCCAAAUACUUCAACGCGCCCUGGCUCUGGUACAAUGGGCGUAAGCUCGAUCGGUACAUUGGCGAAGCACUUGAUCAAAGAUACGCGAAGCGCUCUGCAGACCAGAAGUCUCGAACUUCCGAAGAUAGCAAGAAGAAAAUUCGCUCCGUGAUCGAUCUAGCCCUGGAUACGUACGAGCAAGAAAUCCAGGACUCAAGCAAGAACCACGGCAGUAGUACAGGGGAGGGCAUGGACCCGGCAUUCCGCUCUCACGCCGUUGAUCAGAUCAAGACUCUCAUCUUCGCCGGUCACGACACCACCUCCUCAACCAUCGCCUGGGCCUUCUACCUCCUACACCAGCACCCUGACGUCCACGCCAAGCUCGUCGAGGAGCUCGACCACGUCCUCGGCCCCAAGACCAGCAAUCCCGCUGACAAGAUCCGGGCUGACAGCUACCUGAUCAACCGCCUCCCCUACCUCACCGCUGUCGUCAAAGAAACCCUGCGCCUCUUCCCACCCGCAUCCACCGUCCGCUACGGCGAUCCCACCGUCACCAUCACCGACCCAGACCACGAGCCAAGCCAGACCUAUCCAACCGCCAACUUCCACAUCUGGGUUGUCGCCCACGCCAUCCACCGCAACGAGACCUAUUUCCCCAACCCCACCGCCUUCAUCCCCGAACGCCAUCUCGAUGACAACCAUCCCUCUUCCACUCCGUUUCCACACGCCAAACAGCACAAAGACGCCUUACGCCCCUUCGAGAAGGGCCCGAGGAACUGCAUCGGUCAGGAGCUGGCCAUGAUCGAGGUGCGGGUGAUCCUGGCCUUGACGGUUCGCGAGUUCGAUUUCGAGGCCGUGUAUCCCGAGCUAAGGGAUCCGAGAGAGGUGAUCGAAGGACAUCGAUGUUAUCAGGUUCUCAAGGGGAGUGCGAAGCCCAAAGGCGGUUUGCCCGGACGGGUGACGGUGAGGUAG